AUGGUAUUGCGACAGAGGCCGAAGAAGCAACAGCACCGGAAGCAGGUGACGCCACUAAUCAUACGAAAGAACAAAGAAAAGACGAAAAAGAAAAAGUGGUCGUUUAGGAGCAUUUCGUUUUCGAGGAAAGACAAGCCGAAACCAAACAAAGAAAGUGAAAAGAACGGAGAAGUAAAAGAGGUUGCUGAAGAGGUUCAGCAACAAUGCCCGAACAGACAGGAAAUAGCGCCUUGUUCUUGUACGGUAAAGAAGAAUGGCUUGGAUAUACUUUGCGAGUUCACAGAUCAGCAGCACAUAGACAACGCCAUGGCUGUGCUAAAAGGAAAAAAUUACGUUAUUUUUUACCUUAAAUUACGUCAUAACACCUUAAUGAAGCUACCCGGUUUCAUUUUUCUCGGACUUGAUAUACGACACCUCACUAUUCACAACAGCAGUCUUUCUGUUGUCGAAGAAUCAUCAUUAAGCUCCAUUGGUAAAAUGUUAACUCAGUUGGAUGUGUCCCAAAAUAGUUUAACAAUAGUACCAUCGGCAGCAUUCAAAAAUCUUCAUCAUCUAUUAAUUUUGAAUGUGAACCAUAACAGAAUAGGCAGCUUACAUGCAAAAGCGUUUCAAGGAUUGGAUACGUUGGAAAUUUUAACUCUAUACGAGAACAAAAUUUCCACAGUAGAUCCCGAAGCGUUCUUGGGACUCGAAAAAAAAUUAAAACGAUUAAACCUUGGAGGCAACCUGUUAACUUCGAUCCCUCAAAAAGCUCUUAGUAUCCUGGAUAUGCUGAAGAAGUUGGAGAUGCAAGAAAAUAGAAUAUCAAGGAUAGAAGAAGGAGAUUUUGAAGGGAUGAAAAAUUUAGAUUCACUCGGAUUGGCUCAUAAUCAACUGAAAGAAGUACCAUCAAGAGUCUUUUCACAUCUUUCUCAACUUAAUUCGUUGGAAUUGGAUGGGAAUAAAAUCAGCUAUAUUGAUCCGGAAGCGUUUUACGGUCUCGAAGAACAUUUGCAGUACUUGAGGUUGGGAGAUAAUAACAUCCAUACUAUUCCAUCAGAAGCCCUUCGUCGCCUUCACAGAUUACGUCACUUGGAUCUGCGAAGUAAUAACAUUAGCUACAUUGCAGACGAUGCUUUUGCGGGCUACGGAGAUUCCAUAACGUUCUUAAAUCUUCAAAAGAAUGAUAUAAAACAGCUGCCAGCUUUGGUGUUUGAAAAUUUGAACUCGUUAGAGACGCUCAUUUUACAAAACAAUAAGAUCAUGAGAAUACCAGAAGAAGUCAUGGAACCUAUUGUGGACACUCUUCGGGUUAUCGAUAUAAUGGAUAAUCCACUCGUUUGCGAAUGUGAACUGCAAUGGUACGCGAAUUGGUUGAGAAAUCUCCGAGACAAGGAUGACGAAAUGAUGCAGAAGAAGAGAACAGUCUGCCUCCACACAGCCGAACACAGGGAGUACAAUUUACAAAAUUUACCUCUGCAAAAGAUGAACUGCGUGGUGAAAGCAUACGAUCCACGAAUGAUGAGUGCAUCGGGCAUUGUUGCGUUAUCAUCUUUGACUAUUUGCUUUUGGGCUUUUAUAGUCAAAUUAACGCUAUAGUUCGUAUAAUAUGCGUUCGAAUUUUCAUUUUUAGUAUUUGUACUGUACGCCACAUAGACAAGUAGCCAGUUCGAUUUUUAUUAAUUACACGAGAAUGAUAGUGUUCGAUUUUGCGAUUAAUGAAAUGCAUUUGUAGCUUUGUCAAUGAAAAUAUUUAUAGAUCUAAAAUGAUAAGCUUAUUCGCAAUUGUAAUUUCUGUUUUUUGAAUCGAUGUUUUUGCGUUUCGCAUUUGAAAACCAAACGAUACAUAUCACUUGACUAAAUUAAGUAAGUACAUGACGGUUAUGUCACAAUUUGAUACAAAAAUUAGAAAGCCAAAAACGUAUUAAAAACUGCCUUAUUCUAUUUUUAAAUAUUAUUUCGAAAUUAAGGAGCACUUGAACUAAUGGAAAAUUAUCUAUGAAGAUAUUGACCUUACCUAACCAUACCUAACCUAACCAGGUAAGUUACACCCAAGGUUAGUUUUACUACAUUUUAUGUGAUUGUUUAUUUUUUAAUAAAUGCAGUUGAGUUUUUCGGUUUUUACUGUAUUUAAAAUUCUGAAGGCGAAGAAAACAACGACUAUUCUCGAUUUAAAAAUGCUAAUAAAAUUUUAAAAAAUAACAGCAAUGCAAUUGAAAUGAACUAAUGUAAUGGUCUGUCUUCUCUAUUUUUUGUUUGGGAUUUAUAUGUUUAAAUAAAAAAUGGUAUCGCAAUUUUGACAUAACUCGUAAAUGAUCCGUAUACAUAUCAGAUUGUACCCCAAUGUAUUUGACUGAAUUGUAAAGGAAUCGACUCCACCAAUUCGAAAAAUUUUGUUUGUGACUAAUUGGGAUGUCGUUUUUUUUGAACUAUUCAACUUAACUGUCUUUCGCUGUCUCAUGUUCUCUCGAUGUUGUUCUUGAUGUCAUUGUAUUACUAGACGUAGUAAGUAAUAUAUUAGUGUAUUUUAAUUCUUUCUGUUUGCCACUUUGAUUUACCGUUUGGUUUCUUGAGCGCAUAUCAGCACAAAAGAACACGACCUCCCAAUCGAGUUACCAAUGUGAUGAUGGCCUAUACAUAUAUACAUAUAUAUAAA